GCUGAUUGGCUGCCCGGGCUUUCGCGAAGGGGCGGGGGAGGCCCCGCGAUUGCAGCGGCGCGCGGCAGCCCCGGCAACAUGGCGAGCCAAUCUCACUCGCUCGGCUAUGUUGGCAGCAACUUUUUGCGGCAGCGGCUGGUGCUGGCCACGCUCAGCGGGCGGCCGGUGAAGGUCCGCAAGAUCCGGGCCAAGGAGGACAACCCGGGGCUCCGAGAUUUUGAAGCAAAUUUUAUAAGACUGAUUGACAAAAUAACCAAUGGGUCUCGGAUUGAAAUAAACCAAACAGGAACUUCUUUGUACUACCAGCCUGGGCUCCUCUAUGGAGGUUCAUUGGAACAUGAUUGCAGCCUCAGUCGCAGUAUUGGAUAUUAUUUGGAAAGCCUUCUCUGCCUAGCACCAUUCAUGAAACACUCAUUAAGGAUUGUUCUCCGAGGUAUAACCAAUGAUCAAGUAGAUCCUUCGGUGGAUGUUCUUAAGGCAACGUCUCUGCCAAUAUUGAAAAGAUUUGGAAUUGAUGGUGAAGAAUUGGAACUGAAGAUCACAAGGAGGGGUAUGCCCCCCAAAGGAGGAGGUGAAGUGGUAUUCUGUUGUCCCAUUAAGAAGGCAUUAAAGCCUAUUCAAUACAUUGACCCUGGGAAAAUUAAGCGUAUUCGAGGUGUGGCCUAUUCGGUCAGAGUGUCCCCUCAGAUAGCAAACCGAAUUGUGGAUUCUGCAAGGAGUAUCCUGAAUAAAUUUCUGCCAGAUAUUUACAUUUACACUGACCAUAUGAAAGGAUCGAGUUCUGGGAAAUCUCCAGGUUUUGGUCUCUCUCUUGUGGCAGAGACAAUAAAUGGGACUUUCUUCAGUGCUGAAUUGGCAUCUAAUCCCCAAGGACAAGGCACAGUUGUACUCCCUGAAGACCUUGGCUCAAACUGUGCAAAGUUGCUCCUUGAAGAGAUUUACAGAGGAGGCUGUGUGGAUUCAACAAACCAAACCCUCGUCCUACUCCUCAUGACCCUUGGACAGCAGGAUGUUUCCAAAGUCCUGUUGGGACCACUGUCACCAUAUACAAUUGAGUUUCUGCGACAUUUGAGAAGUUUUUUCCAGGUUAUGUUUAAAAUUGAAACCAAAUCACCAGGAGAAGAACGCAAAGGUGGUGAAAAGGUGUUAAUGACAUGUGUCGGCGUAGGAUUUUCCAAUCUUAGCAAGACGGUCAAAUGAUAUCUCAUGUGGACUUUUAAUGAAACAUGCCAUGGUUUGUCAAAUAAAUCUUUCUGAUGCAUUUUUUUAAUGAGACAUCUAAUAUAUAGAUUUUCUAAGUGCAUCUAUUUUUACACAAUUUGUAAUAUAAAAACUCCUGUAUUUUGUCAAGGUAAUCACUAAAAAGUUCGUUAUCCAAUUAAAGAAUUAUGAUAUGUAAUUUAAA